AGUACGGAAGUGUUAAAUGUUAGUGUUCGUGCCUUUCGGUGUUUUGUUGCUGUGACUUUUGUCUUCAAUGAAAAACAUCGCUGCUCACUUUCUAUUAAUAAUUUAUUUCCUCUUCGCGCUGAUAUGUUUUAUCGCCGAUGCGCAGGAUCUGCUAGAUGACGGUGGCUGGUCGUCCCAGGGUGUGCACCAUGAAGGGCCGUGCAACAUCCCAGUGCUGGACGGCCGCUCGCUGCCAUUGCGGUACUUCCUGGACAGAUACGCAUACACCACACCAGUGGUGAUCCGAGGUGUGACUGAUAACACGAAAUUCCGCUUUUUGUGCUCCAAGUCUUCGUUACUGGAAGAAUACGGACAACGCAAUGUACGGCUCAGUACCGCCAACACGUAUUCUUACACAAAAGUGGACGUGGCGUUCAGGAAGUACGUGGACAACCUCCUCAGACCUCAGUCGCUGGACGUACUUGGCAGCGACACGUUGUACUUUUUUGGAGACAAUAACUUGACGGAGUGGCAGAACCUAUUUGACGUGUACAAGCCGCCGCCGUUCCUGCUGCCCGGCACCAGCAGAGCGUACAGCUUCGGCAUUGCAGGUGCUGGAACUGGCGUCCCCUUCCACUGGCACGGUCCCGGCUACUCGGAGGUCAUCUACGGGAGGAAGCGCUGGUUCCUCUACCCGCCUGAAAAGCAGCCACACUUCCACCCCAACAGCACCACCCUGUCCUGGUUGACGGACACCUACCCCAACCUGCCAGCAGACGAGGCCCCGCUGGAGUGCACCAUCCGACCCGGAGAGGUGCUUUUUUUCCCCGACCGCUGGUGGCACGCCACGCUCAACCUGGACACCAGCGUCUUCAUGUCCACCUUCCUGGGAUGAAGACAUGGAAUGAUGUCAUCAUGUCCUUAACACAAGACAUAUAUACAUGUAUGUAUGCAUGUAUAAAUUAGGGGUGAGAUACUUUUGGCACCUAACGAUUCGAACCCAUUCCGAUAUCUGGGUUGACGAUACGAUUCAGAAUCGGUUCUCGAUAGAAACAGAUUCUCGCAAUAUAUUAUUUAAUAUAAUAUUUAUAAUAAAAACAUUUCAAAAUUGAUUAGAUUAGCUUCUCUCAGUUGCAUGGAUAUGGUCUAAAAAGGUAUUUUGAAAAAUGUGUUCUUAUAUGAUUUUUUUUUAAUUGAAUUCAAAGAAUUAGGAUUGUGAUGUAGAUGUAAUGCGAUUUUUUGUGCACUCUCAGCAGACUUUAUAUCAGCAAUAUGGCCGACCAAGGUGUUUACAUUCCAUACCAACUUUUAUUUAGAAAGAUAUAAUUUUGUUAUCUGGCAUUUGGAUAGGUGCUUACUGGAAGCUAAUUUGUGUUUCACAUGACGCCAGUGACCAUGGAAUGUACUUUCUAUUGUUUAACUGUACAGCAUUGGCUUAUAUGACCCAAUGCAAACAACCUCCCCUAGUCAUGACGCAGGAAAAAAAACUAGCACACAAAGAAACAAACAUGGCACAUAUAACACAACCUGCUCGCUGAACUUUGUGGAUAUAAUACAAAAAAACAGCCAACCACCAUAAAAAAAUUUUUAAUUACACCCAUUGCAAGGCAUGAUGGGAACAAUGCAAAAAACACUCAUCCAUGUUUGGCGAAUUUUAGCUGAUUGAUUACAAAACUUAAGAACUUCACAAAGGUAAACAAGUUAGGAGUUGAACUUUCAAAAUAUAUAUA